CGUAAAAAAUAUUAUUGACAACAUAAUGCAACACACGUGUCAUAGGUUUCUGCUUCCUAUGUUACGAUAACAGUUCGUUGGCUUUUGAAACAGCGUGUAAACAAGUACACUAUUUCAACAGCAAACAGACUUACGUAACGUACAGUAUAAGCUGAGAAUUUAAUCUGAUUAAAAAUAAAGAUGGUUUCCUUUAAAAGAUUGACAGAAGACGAAAUGAAAGCUUAUUCUGUAGAUGAUAAUGAGCAAUCAAAUAAGUUUCGUAUUCGUUCAAAUGAUUUUGUUCGGAUAGCUGGAAUAAUAGGUGCUUUGGCUGUGGUAUUUGGCGCGUUUGGAAAUCACGUUCUUGAUCCAAAUAAAGAAAUCUCAGACGAAAGAAAAAAAGUAUUUGCAAUUGGAAAUUUUUAUCAUUUUGUUCAUGCUUUGGCAUUAUUAGGAAUACCUUUAACAAAUAAACCUACUGUAGUAGGACUGUUUUUUCUCACUGGAAUUUCAAUAUUUUGUGGAUCAUGCUAUAUUACUGGUAUUACUGGAAAUGAAGGAAUAGCAAAAAUUACACCAUAUGGAGGCAUUGCAUUUAUACUGGGUUGGCUAUGCAUGCUACUGUAAAAUGUAAUUUGUUAAUAUAUUUGUAGACUUUGAUAUUACAUUUAUAAAGUUUAUAACAAUAAAAUUAUUAGAAUAAUACAAAAUGAACUUAAAGUUACCUUACAACUUUUAAAAGCACUAGAAAUUUAUUGAAUUAUUGAAAACUACAUUUUAUUAUAAUGGUGCUAGAUUUGUGAAGUUUUAUUAAGAGUUAAGUUGUAUAUAUAUAUUCCUACCAUGCAUAAUACAUAUUUCAUUCAAACUGAAUUUCUUUCUAAAUGCUGUAUAUUGGAAUAUAGUGUUUUUUACAAUGACAUUCCUAAUCCUGAUCUUACUGUGUUAUUCAAUGGCAAAGUGGAUUAGACACUUUUUCUUUUACAAAAUGUAACAAUGUGCAAUGAGUUUAAUCUGAAGAAUAAAGCAGCAAUGUAGUUGUGAUAAACUCAACCUGAGAAAUAGUUGUUAAAACAAUCUCAAGUAUCUGUGUGAUAUUAAGAAAAUAAUAAAUUAUUUUGUUAAAAUGUCUGUUUAUUUAUUCAAAGUAUAACUCAUUGCCUGUAAAUCAAACAUAAUUUUUGAUUGUGUUUUGUAAUCAUAAUAUACAGUAGAUACAAUGAGAAUAGUAAGAAACUUCAUUUUUGCUUUAUAAUGGCAUAAUCCAAAUCAAAGUAUUAAUAUAUAUGGGAGCAGGUUUUACAGCUAAUGAAAGUUGUAAUACUUUAGUUUCAUUUUGUAUACUUCAAAUAUAUUAUCAAUAUGUAAUUAAUAAUUAUAAUUCAACAAUUUAUUAUUAUUAUGUUUAAAAUGAAAUUGUUUAUGGA